AUGCAAACUCUGAGGCAGUUGACGCCAUUUGUAAAGGACGCUCUGCAACAAACCCUACGUGUGACCAAAUUCUUCUGCUUUCUUCACGUUACAAACACGUACAUUUGCACUUUCGCUUGGGGUAUGGGUCCCAGCAUGCUCCCAACGAUCAAUCUCUAUGGUAACUUGCUUUUGGCUGAAAGAAUCUCGACCCGUCUGGGGAAAGUUGGCCCGGGUGAUGUGGUUCUGGUACGGAGCCCCGAAAACCCGAGACAGUUUAUGACCAAAAGAGUGAAGGGCGGGGAAGGUGACAGUGUUACUUACUUGGUGAAUCCUAAGAAUAGUGAUGAAGAAAAGACAGUUACUGUACCACAGGGCCACGUUUGGAUAGAGGGGGAUAAUAAAUAUAAUACUAAGGAUUCAAGGAAGUUUGGGCCAGUUCCUUAUGCUCUUCUGCAAGGCAGAGUUUUCUGCGUGUUAUGGCCUCCUGAAGAUUUCAAAUCAAUAGGCAAGGAUUUUCAGUAA